CAAACGAGCAGCAGCGGCAGGAUUAGUGACAGGCACGCCCUGAUUAGGGAUUGCUUCUUUCAUCCUUCACGUAGAAAAAAAGACAACGAUCUGCUAUCCCUUCACGGCUUGACCUAAAAAAAGUGCGAUCGUGAUUUCCCAACUUCCCAGUCCUAGGCCGCCGCCGACGGACGCCGACACGCAGUACUGCAGUUCGGGGGGGCCCAUCUUCACGCUUGGUCAAUUGUUCCCCGAAUCUAGGCGUUGUAAACAGAACACGGACUGAUGCUAUCAUGGAUUCGACCAUCAAAAUCAGAAUUGUGUGCUAGUAUGCCGUCGAGAAACAAGACAUAUGCAUCGUUUAGCAAUAAAAGGAAAAGGAAGAAGGCGACUGAUAAAUUGGUACAAUCACAGAGUGUUGCACAAAAUUUGUUGAAACACAUUCUCUUGAUAGUUCAUCUGAUGUUGAGGUAUAUGAUCUUAUUUCUGAGUUGAAUAUUAUGCUAUGGAGAUUUUUGGGCAUGUCAGAAAAGUUGAUUGUUAUCCAAAUAUCUUCAUUGCUUAUCGCAUCUUAUUUACUGUGUCUGUGACUGUCGUAUCGGCUGAAAGAAAAUUUUCAAAGCUGGAAUUGUUGAAGAAUUAUUUAAGGUCAACAAUGACUCGAGAGAGGUUAAAUGAUUUGGCUACAUUAUGCAUGGAGAAGAAAUUAUUGGAUGAGAUUGACAUCGACCCCAUCAUAAGUGACUUUGCAACGAGGAAUGUUAGAAGAAAAUUUUAAGGUAAUAUGUAUAAAUUACUUGAUACACAUACUGAUUUUCAAUGCAUUGGAGUGUUAUUAAUAAUUUUUUACAUAUACAUAUAUAUUAAUUUUUAUUACUAUGAUGUGUUUAUUAAGGACCCCAAAUUUUAGUUUCGCCCCAGGCUCCCAAAAUCCCAUGACCGGCCCUGGAGGAGCUCCCUGUCGAGGUCGGACCAAGGGGAGCGUCCGGCCGGCGCCAUGGCGUGCCGUUCGCUUGCCGCAAUCGCCAAGACUCGCUCGAUCUGCCGUUUGCCUGCACUAGUACGCACUACGUUCCCUUUAUAUAUAUAGGGCCCGUGGGAUAUUUGUCAGUCCGAAUCCUAGACGAACUAUGGGGCGAUGAAUUUACUACUUACUAGCUCAAGCAAGGCUGCAAUCCGACCGAACCUCGCCUCGGACGUUUUCGUUGGAGACGUGUUUCUCGCUCGUAGAGUACAAAACAGCAAUACACGGACGGUGCCCGUCGCAUGCCUAAACCGAUCUGGGUUCCCAUUGUCGUAAAUGCCGUAUCAGAGUCGGAAUCGGACAGACUCCGGCAGCCUCUCCGAUCCCCGAUCGAUUUCUUUUCUUUCAUAAAAUAUACAUAUACGUAAGCAGCAGCUGCAUGCCCACGCGAGCGAUUUAGCCAACCAACGAGACCCUCAGGAUAGCCGGCGGGAGAGCAACCAUCCAACUCCAGCGAGAGCCGGCGCCGCGAUCUCCACCGGGAUGGACGAGGUGUCAGGGCCGUUUUCGGCGGACGACCAGCGCCAGCUGCUGCAGCAGCAUCCGUUGCCGCUGGCGCAGGAGGACAACGACGCCAUGGAGUGGUGGACGCGGGAGCCGGUGUGGUCGUCGGGCGUCCCCGAGGAACUCUGGGGACUGCGCUUCUUGGCCCCGCUCGACGACGAUCAGCUGAUGACGCAGGAGGGCGGCGACGGCAAGCCGUCGUCGGAGGUCCCCGAGGAGUUCCGGUGGCUGUUCUUGGUCCCGCCCAACGACGGCGCCGCUGUCGCUCCUCCGCCGCCGUCGCCCUCGGCGGAUGCCCAACUCCUGCUGGAGGAGGGAGAUUAUGAUGCCUUGGAGUUGGACCAGUGGAUGCACGAGAGCAGCGAGCCUGAGCCGCUGUCGCCGGAGGAGGAGGAUUACGAUGCGUUGGACGACGACUAGGUCCAGUAGUAGUUAGUUUAUUCGUAUGUACUGAUCUUAUCUAGUAGCAGCAGUGAUUUGAUCGGUGGAUGCUUUGAUCUUAUUUUGGUUUAAGAUCUGUCUGAUGUAUAAAAACCGAUACUUUACGUACUUGCUUUGAUAUUUUUCAGGGGAAA